CAUUCCUCACCUCGCCACAUCUCUCUCUCUUUUAAAUCUCAAAACACAAAGCAGUAAAGCUCAAAAUUGAAAUGGCGUCUUCCACCAUUUUCAAAUUGUUUGCUGUUAUCUCUCUCUUGAAUGUCUGCAUUGCAUCAAGAGCAACCCCCAAAUCUCUAGUUGAAGAUGUUCAAACUCAGCUGCUGAAAUACCACAAAGGCGCUCUUCUCCAAGGCAGAAUCUCCGUUAACCUAAUCUGGUACGGCAAAUUCACGCCUUCUCAGCGCGCAAUCGUCGCCGAUUUCAUCACCUCCCUCUCUCCUUCCUCUCCGUCGCAAUCGCAGCCCUCCGUCGCGGCGUGGUGGAAGACCACAGAGAAAUAUUACCAUCUCGCUUCAGCGACAAAACCGUCACUUUUUCUCUACCUCAACAAGCAAAUCCUCGACGAUUCCUACUCGAUCGGAAAAUCUCUCUCUCAGAACCAGCUCGUAGAUCUGGCGUCCAAAGGCGAGCAGAUGAACGCGAUCAACGUCGUGCUAACGGCGUCCGACGUUGCCGUCGACGGUUUCUGCCAAAACCGCUGCGGUACUCACGGAUCGAAAUCGGUCGCCGUGAAGGGGAAAAAUAAGAAAUUCGCCUACAUUUGGGUGGGGAACUCGGCGACUCAGUGCGCCGGCUACUGCGCGUGGCCGUUCCACCAGCCGAUCUACGGUCCGCAGACCUCUCCAUUGAUUGCUCCGAACAACGACGUCGGCGUCGACGGAAUGGUGAUCAAUUUGGCUGCACUUUUGGCCGGAACCGCGACGAAUCCUUUCGGAAACGGAUUCUAUCAAGGAACUGCCGAUGCGCCGUUGGAAGCCGCGACGGCGUGCCCUGGGGUGUACGCUAAGGGAGCGUACCCUGGAUAUGCUGGAGAUUUGCUGGUGGAGAAGACGAGUGGUGCAAGCUAUAAUGCGCAUGGUGCUAACGGCAGGAAAUAUGUGCUUCCUGCGAUUUAUGAUCCUUCCACCUCCAAAUGCUCCACUUUGGUUUAAAAAUUUAGUGUUUAGGAAUAUAUAUUUUACAGUUGAAAAAUGUAGUAGUAAAAUUCAUUUAUUCAUUUUAUUUGUUUGAUGUAAAGCAAAUGGAUUUGGUUUGCUUUAUUAUUAUGAGAAAAGAGAUAUAUUUAUUGGUCGAA